AUGGAGGGCGAUAGCGAAGAGAUGUCUUCUAACAACAUUAAACUUUUGGCCGGUAACUCUCAUCCGGAACUAGCUGAACUGAUUUCAAAGAGAUUAGGAAUCCCUUUGUCUAAGGUUGGUGUAUACCAAUACUCAAACAAAGAAACUUCAGUUACCAUUGGUGAGAGUAUUAGAGACGAAGAUGUAUACAUCAUUCAAACUGGUAUUGGUGAACAAGAGAUUAACGAUUUCUUAAUGGAAUUGUUGAUUUUAAUUCAUGCCUGUAAAACUGCAUCUGCUAGAAGAAUCACUGCAAUUAUUCCAAAUUUUCCUUACGCUAGACAGGAUAAGAAGGAUAAAUCUCGUGCUCCAAUUACUGCCAAAUUAGUUGCGAAUCUUUUACAAACAGCUGGAUGUGAAAACGUCGUUACAAUGGACUUACAUGCUUCUCAAAUCCAAGGUUUCUUCCGUAUCCCAGUGAAUAAUCUAUAUGCUGAACCAAGUGUCCUACACUACAUAAGGACAAAGACUGAUCUUAAAAACGCCAUCUUGGUAUCACCAGAUGCAGGUGGUGCUAAGAGAGUAGCUUCUUUAGCUGAUAAAUUGGAUCUAAAUUUUGCCCUUAUCCAUAAAGAAAGACAAAAAGCAAAUGAAGUGUCCAAGAUGGUCCUAGUUGGUGAUGUUACUGAUAAAACCUGUUUGAUUGUUGAUGAUAUGGCGGAUACUUGUGGUACCUUGGUGAAAGCAUGUGAUACUCUACUAGAACAUGGUGCCAAGGAAGUUAUCGCUAUUGUAACUCAUGGUAUCUUUUCCGGUUCUGCUAAGGAAAGAUUAAAGAACAGUAAAUUGACUAGAAUCGUUUGUACUAAUACAGUUCCAGUUGAAUUGGAUCUUCCAAUAAUUGAUCAAAUUGAUAUUAGUCCGACCCUAGCCGAGUCUAUUAGAAGACUUCACAACGGUGAAUCUAUCUCAUACUUGUUUACACACGCCCCAUCCGAAUAA